AUGGAUGCGAAUUGGACUGACAACUUUACCAUCGAUGACGUGGACGUCGUCACAACCGUAGCCACCGCUCUUUACUACGAUCCCCUAAAGGAAUCACCAUGGAGCGAACACGACUACUUUCUUGAAAAUGUUACCACGUUGAAUGCUUUCCGUCCUCCCUACUCCCUCUCCCUCCUGGCGGCAUGGCAGCCGCGGCACGCUGCACACUACAUCUCCGUCCUUCUCAUCAUCGCCACCGUUCUACUUCUGCGUGUUUUCAACAUGGUCAUUCGUCGUCUCAUCACCACCGCAGUGCCCGAGUCUCUUGUUGCAAUUUGUGUCGGGGUCGGCAUUGGUUGGAUCUUUAAAACCUUCCACAGUCCUCAUUGUUGUUUGUGGGUUCUCACGCCUACACUCUUCUUUAUGAUUCUUUUGCCCUUUUGUAUCUUUGAUGCCUCCUACAAUCUCUACAAUCGAGCUUUUGGAGACUGCAUAGGUGCUAUCAUUGUUUAUGCUCUCUGUGCCACCGUUCUCAACAUGAUUAUCAUUGGUUGCCUUCUGGUGAUUGCUGAAAUUGCCGGUUUAUUUAGAGCCGAAGGCCUCGUUUUUGGCACUCAAGUGCUCAUGCUCUACGCUUCGCUAAUCGUAGCAGUGGAUCCUGUUGCUGUUUUGAUGGUAUUCCACGAAAUUGGUGUUGACCCAAACCUCUACUUCUUGGUGUUAGGGGAGUCCCUUCUCAACGAUGCGGUCACUGUGGUGCUCUACAAAAUUGUCGUUAACUUUCUAGCUCGUGAUGAUGUGACCGCGCAUGACAUACUCAUCGGAAUUGCUGCCUUCUUUAUCAUCAAUGCUGGUGGUAUUCUAGUGGGUCUAGUUUUUGGAGUCAUCUCCUGUCUCAUGACUAGGAUUCGGACGCAUUUGGAGAUUGUUUACCUCUUUGCUGCCAACUACGCUGCUUACCUCUUAAGCGAUGUGCUUGGAUGGUCAGGUUUGGUGGCAAUGAUAACCUCAGGAAUGAUUCAAAGUAGCUACGCCUUUCAUAAUCUCAGUGAUGCAGACAAGGGGACAUGUCGAACCUUGGCAAGGAUCUUAGCCGACCUCAGUGAAAGUGUGACCUUCCUGCUAAUCGGAGUACACGUCACCUCAGGCGAGCUCCACUGGCACACCUCCUUCAUACUGUAUCAGUUAAUUGUCUGUCUGGUGGUGCGUGCAAUGGUCGUCUAUGCUCUCACCUGGUGCCUAAACCGAUGGGAUGUUAAUUACGUGCGAAUCUCCAUCACAGAACAGUUUGUUCUUGCUUAUGGGGGACUGAGGGGAGCAGUAGCUCUCUCCCUUGUCUACAUGGUUGAUCCAAAACUGAAGUACGUUCGGUUGGUGCUUCAAAACACACCAGAGUUUCGCAAUCAAAAAAUUAUCAAAGUGUACGAAGACAUGGCACUGGUGUUGCACCAAGCUUCAUUAGAUCCAAAACGAGCGGAUUUGAUUAUGGAGCAUCUACCGACUUCAGUUAAGGCAGCGUACCAUGCACAAAGACUGGCAGAUAAGGUAGAAGCCUUGCGACAGCUGCGGAGGUCAGCGCUACGUCGAGGUAGUCGCUAUCCACUGACGUCAAUGUACGACUAUCAGCAUAUGAUUGAGGAGAAGAGGCGUGAGUUGAUGGAGAUGACAGCACCGGGUGCGGUGCCUCCGCGUUCACUACAACGUAACGAUUUGGGAGGGGAACGAAGAGUAAAAAAACCGUUAACUAUAUACCAGACAACGGACCAAGCAAGAACCCAACUGACCUCGCCAACGCAACAAGUUCAACAGCAUUUACAUUCACAGAAUCGGGAGAAAGUGCAGGAUUCCAACAAUCGGCCUACUUUGAAAUUCAAACUGUGGAAAAAAGAAGAAGGAGAAGGAGAGGUAGCGGAAUCACAACCAGAACAGUCACAGAACCCGACCUCAGCUCCAUCAUCGCCACAGCCGCCUUAA